UUGCCGUUGUUUUACGGAGGGAAGGAAACAAGAGCAAGUGGUUUCAGUCCCAAUUAUUUGCUAGAAUUAAGGAUUAAACUCAUUGUGUGUCUGUAACCGUGAGCGAGAGUAAUUAAUUGCGUGGAAGCGACCGAAGUAUGGAUAGUGAAUUCACCGAGUUUUUCAACCAAACCUGGAAUAGUAAAUUUCAAGGCAACCGAGCUGGGCUCACGAACGAUGGAAAUGGAGUUGGCGGAAGUUCCGGAAGUGGCCUCGGGCUAUUUGGGGCUGCUUCCGCAGCAGCUAUGGCUGCUGCUCCGAAGCUUUCUUCGAGACUGACUCAAUCGCAGCAGCAACAGCACCACCACCAGCAACAAUUGAGCGGCUGCAAUUCUUCCGGUGGAACGUUAUCCAAUAGCAGUUCCAUACGGAAUGACAACCUGCUCUCGGACACCCGCCUUUUUCUGAACGAGAUCGCCAAUAGCCAUAAAAGUCAGCAACAACAACAACAACAACAGCUCCAACAGCAACAUAAUCAAAACAGUAGAAACCUAUUUACAACAGGCAUUGCAUCUGCCGCAACGACUGAAUUACGUGAUACAAAUUUAGGGCCUUUAAGAAAUACCAGUAGCAGUAGUAGUACCAACACUAGCAGUAACAGCAACAAUACCAGUAGUAAUAGUGUCAACAAUAGUCAUAGCUUUACUCGUGAUACCAGAGAGUUCCCCAAGCUCAGCCAUAGACUGAUGCAGCCGUUGAACGACGCGUCCGCUUCCGGUGUCGGCGGAUCGUCCGCCGCCAGCACCGGCAACAGUAGUCGGCACUCGGGAAUGAUGAACCAGCAAGAUUUCAAUGCGUUCUGUUCCUCGCUGACAGCGGCUGCAGCUGCGGCUGCUUCGGCCGCGUCGACCAGUGAUCUAGCCGACAGUACAACGCCGCCCCCGUCAGUGGCCGGUUCCGCCGGUUCAUCAUCGGCACUCAACACUAGCAAUCUGCUGGCGGCGGCUGCUGCUGCAGCUGCCGCGGCCGGUGCCGACCUGGGAACGGGAACGAGCGAUCUGCUUGGACUCGGUGGGCACCAGCAUGAGAAGAAACCGCCGAACUCCAUUCGAGCGCAAAUCGAGAUCAUCCCCUGCAAAGUAUGUGGCGACAAAUCGUCCGGAGUACAUUACGGCGUGAUAACGUGCGAAGGCUGCAAAGGGUUUUUUCGUCGCUCCCAGAGCUCAGUGGUCAACUAUCAGUGCCCCCGGAAUAAGCAGUGCGUCGUGGAUCGGGUCAACCGGAAUCGCUGCCAGUACUGUCGACUGCAAAAGUGCCUAAAGCUUGGAAUGAGCCGCGACGCGGUAAAAUUCGGUCGAAUGUCGAAGAAACAGCGGGAAAAGGUAGAGGACGAGGUACGGUUUCAUCGAGCCCAGAUGCGAGCCCAAAGCGACGCAGCGCCCGACAGUUCAGUGUUUGACACCCAGACGCCCUCGAGUAGUGACCAGCUGCAUCAUGGCUACAACGGGUAUGCGUACAACAAUGAGGUUGGUUACGGCAGUCCCUACGGCUACUCGACAUCGGUUACCCCGCAGCAGACGAUGGGCUACGACAUCUCGGCAGACUACGUGGAUAGUACAACAACUUAUGAACCUCGAAGUACGAUAAUAGACUCAGAUUUCAUAAGUGGACACAACAAAGACAGCUCACCAAACCAUCGAGCAAUAACGCUAAACGAUAUUCGUUUAGCACGAGUUCAACAGACUGCAACGACCCCUGCCAAUAGUACAGUACCCGGUGCAGGUGGGGGACAACAAUCGCAGCAACCAAGCCAACAGCAAACACAGCAAUUGACCCAGCAGCAGAAUCCUAACCAACAAACAGCAAUAAGCACACUCCCUAGUCCGACCACCGGCAAUAACAACAACAACAACAGCACACAUAGUACAAUUAUCACCAUCAAGCAGGAGCAGCUAACGAAUGUGGACAACAUCGUGGGAAGCUUCGUGGAUUCGACGACUUUCCUACCCUCGCCGAAUAGUCAACCGCAGAUGGUCAAUCCGAACAUGGUGCAAACCAACGUUCCAAAUGGUCCGGGGAUGGCACAAACCGUAGUUUCAGGCUCAGUAGAAGUCACAGGUAACAGCAUAAGGCGUACCGAUUGCUGUCAACAGAAUCCAGUAUCUACGGUCGGAAACGGUACCGGUGCUGGCGGGGCGGAUGGUAUUGGGAUGCCUCCCUCACUCCACCCUAGCCAGAAUACACCGGUUUCGUUUGGCGAGGAUGAUAGCUCCUGCGAUUCGCAUUCCAAAUGGGCCGAAGGCGACAUCAAUGACGUGUUGAUAAAGACCUUGGCGGAAGCGCAUGCGAAUACCAACCACAAGCUGGAGAUAGUGCAUGAAAUGUUCCGAAAGUCACAGGACGUUACCCGCAUUUUGUACUACAAAAACAUGAGCCAGGAGGAGCUGUGGCUGGAUUGUGCGGAGAAGCUGACGGCAAUGAUUCAGCAGAUCAUCGAAUUCGCCAAGCUGAUACCGGGUUUCAUGCGAUUAAGUCAAGACGAUCAGAUUCUCCUGCUAAAGACCGGCUCGUUCGAACUGGCAAUCGUUCGCAUGUCUCGACUGAUGGAUCUCUCAACCAACUCCGUCCUGUACGGAGACAUCAUGCUGCCGCAGGAGGUGUUCUACACGUCUGACUCGUUCGAGAUGAAGCUGGUGGCGUGCAUAUUUGAGACUGCAAAAAGUAUCGCCGAGUUGAAGCUGACGGAAACGGAGCUGGCGCUUUACCAGAGUCUUGUCCUGCUGUGGCCCGAACGUAAUGGCGUCCGAGGCAAUACGGAAAUCCAGCGAUUGUUCGAGAUGAGCAUGUCCGCCAUACGGCAGGAGAUCGAAGCGAACCACGCACCACUCAAGGGUGACGUGACGGUGCUUGAGAUCCUGCUGAACAAAAUCCCAACCUUCCGUGAGCUUUCCAUCAUGCACAUGGAAGCGCUGCAAAAGUUCAAGCAAGAUCACCCGCAGUAUGUGUUCCCCGCUUUGUACAAGGAGCUCUUCUCGAUCGACUCGCAGCAAGACCUGAUGACAUAACAGGAUCACCAGCAGCAGCCACAACUUCCGGAGCAGAACUCGGAUCACGUUCCCUUACUUGUAGCAAAUGAAGAAUAUCGCCCUCAGCAGGAGCUUCAGCAGCUUCAAUCCCAUCACCACCAUCAACAACAUCCACAGCAACAGCAACAACAAGAGCAAUAUUUGGAAGAGCGUACAGCCAACGAAGCGGUGGAAGAUGGCAACCAAAAGAUGAACACUUCUACAGCUCCUACAUCCGUUCCGGUCAGCGACAACAACACCUUCAUCAUCAUCAUCCAGCAAGACGGGGAAGUCAUCACACAAACCAAGUAGACUGGCAACAAUUUCCCAAGUACAUAACGGCAGGCGCUUAUUUCACAAACGCUAGAUCGAAUCGGUUGAGUUGAACAGAGUAUCUACUAACAAGCGCUCGACGCUGCUGAGCGGGUUGCAUAUGUUUAGGCAAUAUGAUCCAAGCCAGCCACGGCAAAUGUGGGCCACUUUCUGUGAAUGGAGAAAAGUGCGAUUCGCAGAAAAAAAACGAUCGAAACGGUUUUGUUUGAUGUUUCGUGCGUUCGAUUCAAGCAUUGUUAAAACAAAAGCAGCUGUCGAUUGCUGAAACCUUUGAAAGCACUAUUUUCCUUUUUACCGCCCGGCAGUUUUGCGGAAAUAUGCAAAAUUACCGUAAGCGAAACAUUAGUGAAUAAUAAAAAUCAGAAAGAAAACACAGAGCGAUAGUAAUUGUUGAUGUAAAUGAAUUUAAUGAUUGUUAUAUUAUUUUAAAAGUUUUAAUUUAUCUCUUUUUUGUUUUUUUUCUCUUAUUGUCUUCUUGAAAGAUUUUUUUAUUUUUAAGAAUGAAAAAAGAUCAGAAUGAUGUAAUUUGUAGGAAAAUUUAUAUAUACUAGCAUGUUAAGUUUACUUUUACCGUACGUAACAAAUAUUGGACACACAUACACAGCAAGGCCUAUUUAUGGCGGAUCUUUCUGUAUAUUUUUAAAAGCAAGUGGCAGAAGAUAAUUCCGUUUCUUUUCACGUCUGUGUUUUGUUGCAUCGUUUUUAUCUGUUUUGAUUUUAUUUAUUUUUUCUUCAAUUGUGACAAACUUAUAAAUUGCGUUCCGAAGCAGGCAAAAAUUUUAAAUUGCUUUCCAAAACAUGGUCAAAAAGGCAGUUUCGACCUAGGUUUCAACGGUAGGAGUAAUGACUUGAAGAGAAAAUGAUAUAAAAUGCAAAAAUAGAAUCUCUCUCUGAAACGUUCUGUUUUUAGGUAGGUUAAAUUUUCCAUUUUUGUUGGAAAAGUAAAAAACAAACAAAAUUAACGCGGAAAAAGUGCAAACAUUUUUGAAAGUUUCCGUACUAGUUACAUUGUUCUCUCCGUUAACAUGAACACAACUUUUGACACUGUUAGUUUUUUGAUUUUAUCUUUAGAAAACUGUAAAAAUGAUAACUAUUUUUCGUUAACUUUUCGAAAUAAUAGAAAAAGCAUAAGCCAAACCACAGCACAUGCAUGGAAGGGUUCGAUACAGUAUUAUCAAAAAGGCAAAAUAUAAUGGAAAAAGAAUCGAAGACUAGAACAGCAGACCGACACUUUGAAACGAUUCAGAUCAUUAGUUUUCCAGUUAGGCGAUUCACAGGAUCCGGUUAGUUUUAUUCUUUAUUGCUUGUAAAAAAAACUCAAAUUCAGAACAGCAAACCACUUUUAGCAGCCCAGUCAUACACUCCAGUUUGUCAGAGAAUGUGUUCCUUUCGAGUAGAAUUUUAAUGUUUUUGUGCAGUUUCGAACAUUUACGGUUUUUAUUUGCUAUCUCCCCUGUAUUAGUGUAGAACUCUAACGUCUACAAAACAAAACAAAAUAUGUCGACUCUUUGAAUAGACAAAUGAAAUAGAAACCAUGAAACUCUCUCUAACUAUCUCCUUCUCUCCAGAUAUAGGGAAAACCAGAAAUCAGCUAAAUCGAAAACAAAACAAAAACUGAAAACUGAUAAUUAUUAGAGAAAAAUAACCCCUCCAUAGAAAAUUGUAAGGAAACUGAAACAAAAAAAACCCGUACUGAAUUUAGCGUUAGGUUGAUUUUCUAAAUAUUUUGAAACACAAAGGCAUUUCAAAAUUUCAAAAGACGAACCCGAUAAAUUAUUGGAAAAUAAGAGCAUGGAAAAGCCGUUUCGGAGCAGGAAGCAGGCAGAGAGACGCGCGCACUGAUUUACUACUAGGAAACGGUAAGAUGUUUUGUUCUUAAGUUAAUGGCAAAGACUUUUAUAGCGAAGCGAAGGUUAGGCUGAAUAGGAAAGCAAAUCGCACACUUCCAAACAGAUUUACACAUACACACACACAAGAUGAAACAAGGAAACAAGUCCUUGGUAGUUGUUUGUCGAGUGUCAAGUGCAACCAUUCAGCGGGAAAGAUGCGGGACGCGAAAAAGUUACACGGUUUGCAGUAAUCCUACUGCGGCUAAGAAAAUGAGAACUUAUAAAUGUAUGGGUGCUUCUAUAUAUAAAGAAUGAUAAAAUUAUAUAUAUUUAAAACAAAAGUAUAAACUAAACCAAUUACAGAAGAACGUUUAAAUACACAAAAUUACACACAGACACAAAGAAAAUCAUAGUUCUGAAACGGUGAGAUAGCCACAAAAAUGAAAAACAAAAUACACACACACAUGUUGAAACGUAAAUCGAAUAUAUAUAUUAGCACGGGAGAUGAGCCAGCAAUUGGGCGCACUGGACAUAAGCAAACAAAUAAAACAAAACAAUGACUGUAACAUUUUCGCAUAAAAUUCGACUGCCACGAGUCUAGCUGCUGGUCUGUCCCCGUCUUCUUUUCAUGAAUGUAAGAAUUAAUUGCCUUAAAUGAUAUAUAUUACAUAAUAUACAAUACAUACAAGUUAUAUUUAAAAUGCAAACGUAAAACAAAAACAACAAUUAAUGAAAAGGUGAGAAAGUAGGAUGAAAACUCUCUCACAUACAGACACACAUUAAGUAAACAGAAACAAGAGGGAAGAAACAUGUAGAAAUAAUUGAUUCUUUUUUCUAAUCAUAAAUUCAAAAGAGUAAAUUCGUCAUUACGAUAAAGUAAGAAUAGUUAUAUAAAUUCUAUACAUAAAUAUAACACCUUAAUUUUAGGCCAAUGAACACAACUGAGGAUACAAGAAAAAAUCUAAUAUAAUUUAAAUUAAUUUAAUCUGCAGAUUCUAUGCAGAAGUUAUAAAUAAUUAGAUCGAGGAAAAACACACACCUCGUAUGAAUUUCAUGGAACGCAAACAAGCAAAUCUUAAAGAAACAAAAAAAACAACAUAGAAAAAAUAGCGAAAUUCGGGUAGGUUUUAAGUUUCACUGAAUAUUAUAAUCUAUUAUAUAUAAUAAUUAUAUUGGUCGAUUAAUAAACUGAUUAAUCCUUAUUAUUGUUGUUUUUUCUAUUUUAUGCUCUUUUUCUACAAGAUCAACUUUAUUGUAGUUGUAUAUCUUUUUAUCAAAGAAUACACUAGCUGAAUACAGAAGCACUAUUAUACAUAUACUAGUACAUAAAUCUUUUUUGGAUUCAUUGAGGUACUGUGUAGGUAAAUUAAUAAGAAUAACACUGUUGAAUAAAUUAGUUGAAAAGUGAACCAACUUUUGUUUGUUUUGUUUCUUACUCACUCUAGUAAAAUUUACAAAACUAAUCCAAUAAUAAUUGGAGCAGUAAGUUGUGUAGAUUUCGGUUCUAUCGAAAUUAGUGCAAAUUUAAAUGUAUUUACUACCAAACCAAAACCAAGCAUGUUGAAAGACUAACCAACUAAACGGAAGAACAUUCAUUAUUGUCCCUUAUUUCAAUUGUUUGUUAUUUGUCAGCAUCGGUCGACUCGUUUACCAGCUUGAAAAUCAUAAAUGAAAAUCAAUUCUCUCAUUGUCGCACCAACGUAAUAAACAGUCAUUGUCAACACUGGAUUGUGACGAACGUUGAUAUAGCAAUCCUCGAUACGCACAAAUUUAUACCGAUCGGCAUCGAGCAUUCACGUGAAAACAUAUUAUUAACAUCUUCUUUUCCAUCCGUCUCUGUUGACAAAUUGUUUUUCGGACCCACUAGAUUUUCAUACCUAGAUUACAAUUCAGUUGUAUUGACAACUUUCACAUGAAAGAACUCAAUUUUUUUAAUUGGUCAAAUUAAUUAGCAAACUCAUUUCAAUUUCGGCAUUCAUCAAAUUAAUUUCGAUAAUCAAAUCAGCACACUAAUCCAAAAAAAAACUGAACACGAUGCAUUUAUAUAAGCUAAAACACGAGGUAUGGCUGUUCUACAAAUUCAAGCCUGGCGCAUCAACUAAUCCAAUUUAACAAGCCAAGAUAUAGAGAGGAUUGAGUUGCUGACAAAAUAAACUUGAAAGACGACAAGAAACAUUCCUGUCAAGAUUGCAAAUAAAAAGACUAACCGAAACCUUAAAACAAGAAAAAUAAUCUAAAGCAAAUGCUGAACAAAUCUACUAAGGUUCAAAUAAACACUCUCUAACGAAAAGACAGUAAACAUGUUCUUGCUAAUCCAACUGUCUGAAGAUCGACAUAAGUUUAACUAACAAACAGAAAAUUUAUCGAAAGAGUGUUAUACUUAUCGACAAAGGUGGAACAUUCGAUUUGAAACAAACAAAACAAAACCGGCGUCGACUAACAACUAAUGACAAAAAAACACAAAAUACGCAUUCGAAGAUGAAUAAGACAGAGAAAUAUAGAGCAAAUGUCUUUAUUAGUGAAAUUCAUGAA